GCAUUAGGCUUCGUGGAUGCCGGGAAGAAAUGUUGUGUUGAACGAGUUUGGAUCUCCCAAGGUUGUUAAUGCUAGAUUAACUAUUGCCAGAGCCAUUGAGUUGCCUGAUGCUAUGGAGAAUGCUGGUGUUGCACUUAUCAGAGAGGUUACAAGCAAGAUCAACGAUUCUACUGGUGUUGGCACAACAACGUCUUCUGUCCUUGCUCGUGAAAUUAUUAAGAUUGGUUUACUGAGAGUUACUUAUGGUGCCAAUCCAGUUUCUGUGAAGAAAGGGAUAGAUAAAACUGUGCAAGGAUUAAUUGAGGAAUUGGAAAAGAAAUCCAGGCAGUUAAAGGGCGAGAUGACAUCAAGGUCGUGGCUUCUAUCUCCUCUGAUACAGAAUCGAGAUGCAAAAUUUGAAAUUGAAAUUGAAAUAUGGGGUGUCAAGUGGCCUGUUGCAUGUUUGGAAACUAUUGAUUAUAUUGGUGAACUAUUUCUUGGUGCAGGGUUAGACACCCUUUGGGAUAGACCUUCAAACAAGCUAUAUUGCAAACUUCAGCUUUGGUAUUGGCUCUUCCUGAACAUUUCAUUUGGUGGAUUUCAUUUUCUUGUGGAGUCAAUUCGUGUGGCAGAGAAGAUCACACAGAAGGUUGAAGGACAGCUAUCAAAGUCACAGAAAGAAUUCCUUCUCUACCAGCAGGCUUGUUCUUAA